AGCCAUUUUGGCUCAAGGCCGCUCGGGUCGAGGCGUGCCCAUUGGCCUGCGCUCGCCGUCCAGCCCGUGCCUCGCAGCCCGCCCGGCGCGGCGCCAUGCGCCCCGUGGUGCGGAUGGCCGUCAUGACGGCCACGGUGGUGAGCCUGCUGCCCCUCGCGCUCCUGAACUCGCAGCGGUUGGCUGGCCUCCUGGGGCAGCCACCCGCUGCGGGCCCGCCCGCGGAGCGGCCGCCUCGGCCCGGGAGGGCGGCCGGCGCUGCGGGGCCAGAGGCGGCGCAGGCAGGAGGCGCGGGCUCGGCGGCAGGGCGCCCACCUCAUCAGCAUUGGCAUGAGAGGGCUGCCGACAGCGUUGGGCCCGAGACGGUGCCGGAAGAGAGCGCGACCGCGUCGGCGCGGGAGAGGCUCCCUGAGGAGGGUCCACCCCGAUCGGAGGGGUUUGCCAGCGUCGUGGGCCCCGAGGGUGCGCCAGAGCAGGGCGCGGGCUCGAGGGCGCGGGAGGAGCUGCUCGCGGAGAGGAGCGCCGCCGUCGCAAGGGUGGGCUUGUUGGCUACGAUCGGAGAGAGCGGCAUCGGCGACGUACAACAUGGAGAAAACAAAUGCGGCUUGCGCGUGUGGUCCGCCGUGCCAGUUGCCAAGCGCUAUCGCGAGCAGGGCCCAGGGAUAGUGCUUAUCCUGGAGCCGCUGACGCAUUGGGCGCAUAAGAACCCCAACAAGUGGCGCCACUGGGUCGUUUUCGCCUCGGGCGCGACCAGCCCUGUCCGGAAGAUACGCGGUCCGAAUCAACCGUCGUGGCACGCGGACAUGCCCGAAGCCGAGCACGCUGCCUGGACCGAGGGGCAGGACGACUGGGCGUGCCUCCGCUUCGGGCUGCGGGUCAACAGCAGCACGGGCCCCGACGUUGCGAAUCUCACCAGCUGCCACCGACCGUCCCGCUUGCCGUCGCCGCAGAGGCCGAACAACAUAACGCUGUGCUACUGCGCGCCGCCGUACCUCAAUCCGAAGAAGCCUGAGGCGAACGGGUUCUACGGCAUGGCGCAGCACAUACUGUAUCAUCUGCGCCACGGAGUCAACCAGGUGAUCGUGUAUCUCAGCCCCCCGAACCGGGAUCUCGCCCUCCGCCUCUUGGCGCCGUUUGUGUCGCGCGGACUGUGCUCGGUGGUGUUCAGUGACCACGAGCGCCACCUGAUACACCAGGAGCGAAACCAGAACGACUGCGUGAACAGGCUCAAAGGCCGGACGAUGCUCUACAGGGACAUCGAUUCAUUCGGCCAACGCCACACGCGCUGGCCCUUCAUCGUUUUUUUUGUGCGCGGUUGGUUCCUGCAGGCGCUGGUAGGGGAGAUGGACACGAUCAGGCGAGGAAAUGAAGGGAGGUCGAGGAGCUCCGAGAGGAGGGGGAUCAGCACGAGGAGGCAGGGGGGAGAGUGAGAGAGACGGAGAGGGCGAUAGCGAAGAGAAGGUUUGACACUCCUGUACCCCUUCCCUCCGCCCUUGCUCCAAAGCUCGGCGGCGAGCCCAGGGAAAGGCCCCGCCGCCUUCUGAGAAGUCCUGUACUCUACGAAGGCUCGCCGCCGAAAAUCGACAAAGUCGUUUUACCCAUCUCAGGGAGGAAGGAGUUUGGGGAGCGGCAGCCAUCUCCCACGCUGGUACCCAAGGGGUCUGCGAAUUUUGACGAGUUCUUGUACGUCCCGCAAUGGAGCAAGGACCCAGGCUGGCACAUCGCUGGAGCGUCGCUUGCAGUGGAGCUGCAAAGGCUGGUCGAUUCCGAAUUGCACGACACCUUCCAGCUGCAGUCAGAAUGGUGGGUAAAGCCACCCAACACUUUGCACCACCUGCUCACGGAGACGAAAUACCACCAGAAAUCAACUGGCCAGGCGUUGAAGGUCAUCUCCAAACCGAGCCGUGUUGCUCAUGAUUGGGUCCAUCGGGCUUCCCACUGUUACCAGAACAGUACGCACUUUCGUGCCAGCUGCAAGCCGUAUACGAAGGGCGACAUCAAAGUCCGUUUCGCUCACAUCAGGAUGUCGAUGACUGAGGCAGAGCUCCAGACUUCGGUCCUGAAUGGCAGUUUGCGGUACGACGACUUCUUCGUCAACGAGACGGCCAUGCUCAAAGACCAGCUGUGCGCCUGGCUACAGGAAGCCAGGGAGAGCUGCGACCCUUCGACCUGGGCUGGGUUGCCCGCCGCAGCUUCUGGGCUUCCAGGCGCGGGCGCGUCAUGGAAUUAAUGUAGGCCCGAUUAUUCUAUGAAUUGCAGUUUCGCCGGAGAUCUCAGCCGAGCAGUUUCAUUGUUGGCGUUCGAAUGUUCAGAAAGGGAAUUGGUCGGCGCCUCAGUAUGUGUGCCGUUUGCGCCAAGGCGCGUCAGGCUGCAAUGUUGGCUUGC